UGUGAGUGUGAGCGCUCUCCCGAUGGCAGGACGUCACAGCAAAGGGUCCCAGCUGAGGAUCCUGCUGGUGGGCAAGACGGGGAGUGGGAAGAGCGCGACAGGGAACACCAUCCUUGGGAAGGAGGCGUUUGAAUCGAAGCUGUCAGAAAGUUCCGUAACCUCUGACUACAGCAGUGGCCAGAGCCACUGCUGUGGAAGGGCAGUGGAGGUUGUGGACACUCCAGGCCUCUUUGACACAAGAGAAGCCAACCUGAAAACGGCUGAAAAGAUCAAGAACGGCCUUCGAUACCUCUCUACAGGGGUCCAUGCCAUCGUCCUGGUGAUGCAGCUGGGUCGAAUCACUCAGGAAGAGAAGGAAGUGGUUGAGUGGGUGACCAAGAUAUUCAAUAUUGAAGCACAGAGGUACACAAUCCUGUUAUUCACCCGAGCAGAACAGCUGCAGAAACCAAAAGGUCUGAAGAGUUUCAUAGAAGGGAGUUCAUACCUCAAGGCCUUGGCAGCCAAGUGUGGAAAUCGGUGCAUUGGAUUCAGCAACAGAGCCACCGGGGAGGAGAGGGAUCGGCAGGUUGCAGAGCUCAUCAGCAUGAUUGAUGCCAUGGUAGAGCAGAACGGCGCUGCUCCGUGUUACACGCGAGAGAUGCUGGAGAAGGACAAACGGACCUUUUUGCAGAAGGUUGGUACCAUCCUGCAGGCGGCGAGGG